AUGCUCACGGGAUGGGUGCUGGUGCCAGUGAACAUUGGGAAUGGGCUCCUGGUGGUCUCUGCAGACUCUUUGAAGAGCACUUGUGAUGCUGAGAAAGCAGAAGCAUUGUUCCCAUUUGAGAAAUCCCACAGACACUUUCCUAACACAGAAGACAACAUGGAUGUAAAAAAUGUAUUUAAACCCCAGGAAAAUAUUUUCUGCCCAAGGGAUUUCUCAGAGAAUUGUGAUGAGCUCAUUCACUUGGACAGGGUGGUCAGUGUCACUGCUGGAGGAGCAGAGAAAUGCUGCAGCAGAGAGGUGCAUUCCUNCCCUACAACUGUAAUCCCUUCUCACACAGACAACUGCUGCCUUAGCAUGGGAGACUCUGUAUCGGGUCAGUCUCUGGCAGAUGUCCAGGCAUGUGAAAAGACUGGGCUUGGCACACCUCUAACUUUGUUCAGUGAGCAGGCAGAUACUCCCAUAGUAAAUCACAAUUAUUUUGUAAAAGAUGAUUCUGAAAAUUCUGCCACUAUUCUGGACAUUUACUCAGAGAAAAUUCCAAGUGUAAGUGAUGACUUUUCUGAUGAUGACCUGGAGUAUUUUGAAUGUUCGGAUGUGCUGACAGUGCAUGAAAAUGAAAUCUGGAAAAAGAAGUUACAAUUUUUAUUAGAAAGUGAUGAUGAAGAUGAUUUAAAACUGAGUAAGGAUUGUGAUGGGUGUGCUUACUUCCUCAGUGAAAUGCCUUGUCUGUUCCAAGUGUCAGAUAACACUACGCCUAUGGAUACCACCAUUGGCUUCUGUAGUCAUCACUCAAAAUUUGAAGGAGUAAAUGUAAGGAGAGACCCCUCUGUGUACAGCCAGUCAACUUUGCAGACAGAGAUGACUCUCACUGCUGGACACCACCAAGAUAAAAGUCCCAGUUUGAAAGACAAAGAAAAGUGUAACACGCCUGUUGCAUCUGCAGCCAUUAAAAAUGACCAUUCCAGAACUGAAGAAGACAAUAAUGGAAGUGCUCACUCAGCUGCAGGUUUCCCAACUGCUGAAUCAAAGAACAAGGAUAAUAUCCCUUCCAAGGUGGACUCCUCUACAAGUGGCUUAGGUGUUUCUUCCACAAAUCAGGCUCCAGGGACAAUGACAGAAAGCAGUAUGGACAAGGACAUGCUGGAGGAAAGCUCAUUGCUGCUAGAGGAGGGGGAAGGAAAUGUGCCGGAGGAAAAUGCAAAGCAUGCUGUCUGUACCCUGACAGAAAGUCUAAGAAGAAACCUUUUAAGGUUGUUAAACCCUAAAGAGCUUUGCAGAUACGUGAGUAAUAUAGGGCAAUCUUUUCAGACUGCAGCAGAGGUUAGAGAAUCCACUACUCUGUAUCCCAAUCAGGGAGGUGUCAUUUCCACACAAAUCCCCGAGGAGACAGAAAGCUUGCAAGUGCAGGCUGGUUUGUGUCAUGCAGAAGAGGCAGAUAAAGACUGUGAUUGGGAAAGGAAAAGGACCUGGGGCCUCUCUGAGCAAAAUCAGGUGCCCAAUGAAGACAUCUCAGCCAGGAAUGAAGGAGCUAAUCUUAAAAUCUCUACCCAGGGUUGUGAGAGACCAUGUAUGGAGUCUGAAAUAGAAAAGGAAGGCAUCUUCAUGACUGGUGAGAGUACAGGAGCCAUCCAUCCAGCUUCAGAAAUGCUCUGUGCUGAAAAGACAUUACAAGCAAAAAAUUCAAAUUUACAGACCUAUUCUCAGCACCACGUUCCUUGUGACAAGAGAGAAAGUUGUCACCAACAAGAUUGUGAGCAAGGAAUUACUACUCUUAGUAAUGGCAACCAAUCGAAGGAUGGUGUUUCACCUUUUCCUUUAUGGGAUAUGGGCUCUGUUCCUGAUAAACAAGAAUGUUUAUGUGCUGUUCUGUCAUCUGCAAAUCUCUGUGAUGAACCAUGGGAGGGAGAACAGAGCAACGACACAGAUACUUUCUGCAGUGUACCAUGUGAUGAACCUCUCCUUCAAGCUAAUACCAAGGCACUCCUGGAAUCUGGAGAACCUGGGUGCAAAGGAGAUGCUGAUAUAUCUGCAGUGCAUGACAAGCUGUGGAAACUUCUUCAUGAAGAUGACUCCGACUAUCAGAUCCCCUUUGAGAAUUGGGGGAUCACUAGUUUAGAAAUGAGGUCAACAGAUAUUAAAGUCAAAGCACUGAACUUGGUAGAGGAGACCUGUUCUGAUCAUCUUUUGCCAGUGAAUGUGAGAGAAGAGCAGGAACCUGUUACACAGCCUGUUGGUAGACAAAGAGAGAAAGGAGACUGCAAUGUUUCCAAUAUCCUACUUAAAACAGAUGAAGCAUGUAACAGUGCAUCCACAGGAAACAUUUGUCUUGCACAAGUGGUAGAAGCAGAUGGUGCAUGUCUGGAUUCUAGUACUGGAAAUAAAAUGGAAACACCAUCCAUUUGUUUUUCAGCGAACAUCUUAAAUACAGGGGAGUGCUGGGAGGAGAAGCCAAAUCAAACAUUAACUGACAGUAAUGGAUCCAGUCAAAUAACUGCUUCUUGGGCUGGAAAGCUUACCGUUAAUGCUUCCCAAGCAUGUGAUGCAGAUUCUCUUCAAAGAUUAAAAAAUGCACAGAAUGGCAAUUUAGUAUGUGACAAAGAAAACCCAGAUUACAUGUCAGAUAAGUUGCAUGGGACAAUCGGGCAGUUACCUCAUCCUCAGGACAACAUAUCCUUGAUAAAUGAGUCUGUAACUGGCAACAGGUGUCAUUUUGAAGACUGUUAUCUAGCAAGAAAAGAAGUUGCUUGUUUCCCUGAAGACAAAUACAUUUGCCCCAGUGAAAACACCAACCAGUUUACAUGUGAAGAACACUCUUCUGUUAACACCAUACAUAAAAGUUACGAAGAGAAUUUUCAAGAAAAAGGAAAUCACUCAGACUUCAGUGCACAAAACGAGAGUAAUCCUGAUGGUUAUCAUCUUUCAAAAGAUAAUGACAGUCAAGAUUUUCAAGUUGGUUCUGAUACACAGAAAUAUGCUUAUGUAAUGCAAUUGCCUAAUUUAACUGAGAUGCCUGAAACUGUAACACGUAAGAGUCUACCCCUAAAUACAGAUCGACUGACAGAAAUAGAAAAACAAGAAGUGGCAUCCACUCCCUCUUCUGGGGAUCCAUUUUUAAGAGAUUUUUGUAUAGAAGUGCCCAGAUAUGAACCAGGUAAAGUAGAAGAAGAACAGAGAGAGAUUUGUGUAGGUGAUGAAACUUCCUGUGACUCAAGAGUUAGUCAUGUUCCAGAGAGUCAGACUGCAGUUUCCCCUCAUAAUACUGCAAAACAGUGUGUACUUUUGGUUGACAGCAGUUUCAAGUCUGAUGAAGAGUUAAAACCAGAUUCUUCACAAACUCACACCUGUGCAUCUGAAAGUCUAACAUCAGUGAGUACCCCACUGUCCAGAAAGGCUCAACACCAGUACCUCAGCAUAUCAAAUGAGGAUUCUAGAGUUAGCAGUAACCAGUUAGAUAUCCAGCAGCUGCCUGUAACAGAAACAUCACCAUUCUCCACACCUGAGAGCCAGUCAGAGGGCCUUCUGUCCAGUCUAUCAGCAGUGGAGUGUCCUGGCACAGGAUGUCAUGUAAAAAACAAAUCCACACAAAAUGCACUCAAAGUAGAUGAAAACUUGAGUAUGCUGGGAGCUUUCUGCAAGGCAUUGAAGGAUAAGUUCCUUAGGGCACCUGAAGAAAACAAGGAUAAAACAGUCUUGUGGGAAAAUGAAAAAGAGAUUCAAGGGGCUACUGCGUACAACCCAGGUGAAGCUGAAGCAAACUCUCCUUUGCACACUUUAGUUAGCUCCAAGGCACAGAGACUGUUGAUAGAUAUAAGCACUGAGCAUUUCUGUCCUGACCUGAUCUCUUCCAGCAAGCUAACUGAGGUUGAUAAUUCAAUUAAGACUACUGAGUAUGAUAAAGAAAAAGAAGUUAUGUCAUCAGAGAGUGUGGUAAAUGGUUUAGUUAAUUUGUCACCAGUUGAUUCAGGGAACAACCAGUAUUUUCAAGAGCAACCACCCUGCUGCAGAACUCAGCCAUUCUCCCUAGCCUUGACCACGUAUGAUCCAUUCCCAGGCAACGCAGAAAGGCUAAGAAAUCAAGAAGGGUCAAAAUCCCGCCAGACGUCACCAGCUGCUGAUGAGCCUGAGCCCAUCAAAUCUAAACAAGACACAGCAAAGAGUGGGCAUCUAGCUGUUGGAGCAAAGAAGAAAUUACCACCAGCAACACUGUCAAAAAAACCCCGACUGGAGGAGAGAGGAGAUGUCAGCAGGGAUCCUAGCUGUAUUAAAAAGUCUGUGAAGAGUGAGGCAGGGAUGACUCAUAAAGAAGAUAGAAAAGAGCAAAGGAAACCAGCUUUGAAAAAGGAUAGCAAAGCUCCCAAGCUGCUGAAGAAAAUUCAAGCAGAGUUGUUCCCGGACUGCUCUGGAAAUAUUAAGUUAUGCUGUCAGUUUGGUGACAUUCAUGAUGACUCCACCAUUACAUGGACUAAAGAUUCCAAGUUACUAGCUCAAGUGCAAAGAAGUGCCCAGGAUGACUCUCCUGUCUCUGUGACAAUAACUAAAGCCAGUAACAAAGACCAAGGAAUGUAUUACUGCUGCUUGAAUAAUACAUAUGGAAAGGUGACUGCUGAGUUUAAUCUGACUUCCGAAGUACUGGAACAUCUCUCGAGUUUUCAGAAUUGUGAAGGUAUGGAAGAAAUCGAGUUCAUGCAGCUCAUGUUCAGAGAAGAUUUCAUCAGAGACAGGUAUUUUGGUGGGAACCUGCAUGGAAUCAUAGCCACAGAGGAGCUUCACUUUGGUGAAGGCAUGCACCGGAAAGCCUUCCGGAGCAAAGUGCUGCAGGGGCUGGUGCCAGUGUUCAGUCCUGGCCACCCCUGUGUUCUCAAAGUGCACAAUGCUGUCACAUACAGGACCAAGAGUGAGGAUGACCUAGUUCAAAAGAACUACAAACUAGCACUGGAGGAAUGCUAUGUCCAAAAUACUGCAAGAGAGUAUGCAAAGAUAUAUGCAGCUGAAGCUGAAUCCUUGGAAGGCUUUGGGGAAGUACCAGAGAUCAUUCCUAUUUUUCUUGUUCAUCGCCCUGCUAAUAACAUCCCCUAUGCGACUGUGGAGGAGGAGCUGGUUGGGGACUUUGUGAAAUACUCUGUCAGGGAUGGCAAGGAAGUAAAUUUCCUGAGGAGAGACUCAGAGGCUGGCCAGAAGUGUUGCACCUUCCAACACUGGGUCUACGAGAAGACCAAUGGAAACUUGCUUGUCACUGAUCUGCAAGGUGUAGGAAUGAAGUUAACUGACGUUGGCAUAGCAACUCUGGCCAAGGGAUACAAGGGUUUUAAAGGCAACUGCUCAAUAUCCUUCAUUGAGCAGUUCAGAGCCCUCCACCAGUGCAAUAAGUACUGUGAGAUGCUGGGGCUGAAAUCUCUCCGAACCACUCAUCAAAAGCAGAGGAAAGCAACAUCCAUGAAAAGCAAAAAUCUACCAAACUCAUCGACUAUAAAGAAAACAGUGCCCAAGAAAACAAGAGAAACUAGAGACUUCAUUUCUUCAGAGCACUGA